UCAAACAUUUUCCGCUUGUUUUGAACCGAGUCAACAUAACUGUGACAGUCUCCUUCCAAUUGACAUCGUUUUCGUCUGAAUAUGAUUCUGAGUAUUGAAAGAAUGAUUAGUGUGUGUCUUGUUCUAUCAAUGUGUCUAACAACACAUUGCAUCUCAUUCAAAACUAGAAUAAGGACUAAAACUGGAUAUAUUCAAGGAUUUAAUCAAACUGUCCUUGAUAGAGAAAUUGCAACAUAUUUAGGAAUACCGUACGCUAAACCUCCUGUUGGGUCUCUAAGGUUCAGAGAACCGAUACCAGUAAGACGUUGGCAGGGUACAAGAGAAGGCACAAGUUUUGCUAAAGCCUGUUCUCAGCCUGCUAUCUAUGCUACUGCGGUUCCAGCUGAAGACCAAAGUGAAGAUUGCUUGUACCUGAAUGCAUGGGUUCCGAAGGGAGGUUGUAAACGGAAAGCUGCUAUGAUAUGGAUAUACGGAGGAGGGUUAAUCGCAGGCGAUGUUCGGGAUUAUAAUGGGAAGUUUCUCGCUGCACAUACGGACACUAUUGUUUUUACUAUGAACUACAGGACCGGACCAUUGGGUUUCUUGUAUUUAGAUGAUAACGAGGCGCCAGGGAAUAUGGGUCUACUUGACCAAUAUCUAGCCAUAAAGUGGAUUUAUGACAACAUCAAAACGUUUGGAGGAAGUAGACGGAAAAUAACUUUAUUUGGACAAAGUGCCGGGGCUGCAAGUAUAAAUUACCAUAUCCUUUCUAGCUUUUCACGACCUUAUUUUCAAAAGGCUAUCAUGAUGAGUGGAGCAGCGAACUCAGAUUACGGAUACCAUUCACCUACAGAAGCACUUACCACGGCCUAUGAAUUUGCCAAUCAUCUCGGAUGCAAGAAGGACACUGUAGGCAAAACAAUUGAAUGUUUACGCUUAUUACCACCUUCUGAGUUAUCAGCAUUACAGUUACCAUCUAACCCUAAAGCUCCAUUGUUUUUCAGGGUACAUUUUCCAACCAUUGAUAAAAAUGGAUUUAUUACGCAGUCACCUAAAGAACUGUCGGAUCGUCCAUUCUCCCGCCAGAUCCCAAUUCUUCUAGGUGUCGUUGAGAACGAGGUGUCGUUCUUCUUAACAUAUUACGUUGGUGUACUGAAAAUACCGAUAAAUAUUCUCACUGGAAGAAUCAACAGAGAAGAAUUUUUUCGGUUACUUCCACUUACCUCAGCAUCAAGUAAUCAAACAUUGAACAUAAUUGCGAAGCACUACCUAGCACCUUAUCUUCCAGGUGAACCGCCCUUGUACAUUGAUGUAGGGGACGACAUAGGUUCAGAUGUUAUCUUUCGGUGUCCUGUUAUAAACACUGCGCAGACUUUAUCAACUGUAAACCCUAGUAACCCAGUCUAUAUGUACUCUUUUGAACAUAGAUCAGCAAAAAGUCCAACGCCAUCUUGGUUCGGUGUUAUACAUGGCUCAGAGACCAGUUAUGUAUUUGGUUAUCCUUUGGUUGACAACGUAAAGUUUACUGAAAUAGACAAACGUGUUAGUGAGAGAAUGAUGAAAUACUGGACAACGUUUGCUAAAACGGGAAAUCCAAAUUUUAGACAUGACAGCUGUGAUGAUUGGGAUCAGUACCGUACCAAUAACAGGAAGUAUCUGGUUAUUGACAGUGAUUGUCCACAAGAUGGUGGAAAACUCCUGGAAUCUCAGUGUGCUUUUUUGAAGAAUGUACUUAAUUAAUCAGAAGAUAUAAAAUAAUAAAAUAAAAGUUUAUUUUGUAACAAA